AUGACAGAAAGACCGAGCAAUAUGCUGAAAAGGCUUCACCCGGAAGACGAUGAACUCGAGAGCCAGAAACGCGCCAGGUCUAACAAUGGUUCUCCUCGUCCCACCACUCCAGCUGCCGCCUCCUCCUCUACGCCGACGGGAGCAAAGCCAGAUGCCGAUGCGAUAGUGGCCAGAGCUAAAGCUGCGGCUGCAGCCAAAGCAGCUGAACUGAAAGCGAAACUGGCAGCCAUGAAGGCCGGGACGGCGACAGCGUCACCUGCGACAACAGCGAGUACAAUGCCCGCCAUUGCUCUUAACGCAACAGACAGAAUUGCUCAGAUGAGGGCUCGCGUGGCAGCAGCGACUGGUCGGGCAACGGCGCAGACUCAACAGAAAACACAGACAAGCUAUACGGCGCCAAUCUACAACGACGACAUGUCAAAAGCACGAGGCGGGCUGAACAUUGGUAUACACCCGGACUUACUGGCGGAUGCGCAACAGGAUGCGCAGAGGAGCAAGGGACGGACACCGCAACCGAAGUUCGCAACUGCAAUGGGAAAUAGAAGAACGGAAUCGCCCGCUCCCGUGCAGCAGAAGGCAACUUUGGACCUCUCAGGUCCCUCAAUGGAAGAACUCAAAGGCAACCCAUAUUUUGAUGCGAGCUUGGGAUCCCGAAAUGUCCUGGCGAGAGGUAGACAUUCGCGACAAUUAAUCUUCAAUCAGAAGGGCAAAUAUAUUCAACAAGCGGCCGCGCUCCGACGACAAGCGCAACUAGAAGCUAUGAAGAAGAAAAUCGCGGAGCGCGCAAGGCAGGCCGGAUUAGAAGAAGAUCUCGAUACCGAGAAAGCGUUCCUCGUGCCCGCCCCUCCCAACCUAGAAUGGUGGGAUGAAGGUCUCAUCAUCGGCAAGUCCUACGAUGCCAUCUCCGACCCGGGAAAAUUAAAGAUUGAUACGCCAGACAGUAUCAUCACAGUCUACAUCCAGCACCCUGUGCUCAUUGAACCACCACAAGAGAGAAAUAACCCGCCCAUGAAACCCAUGUAUCUCACAUCAAAGGAACAAGCCAAACUCCGCCGUCAACGACGUAUGGCCGAACUCAAGGAAGAACAAGCCAAAAUUCGACUAGGCCUUGUUCCACCCCCCCCACCAAAGGUGAAAAAAGGCAACUUGAUGCGCGUGCUCGGCGAGGAAGCCGUCAAAGAUCCUACGGCCGUGGAAGCCCGGGUGAACAGGGAAAUUGCCGAACGAGCGCAAAAGCACGAAGAAGCCAACCUGGCCCGUAAAUUGACGAAAGGACAACGUGCCGAAAAGCUCGCAAAGCAGCAAGCCGAAGAUGCCGCUCGCGGGAUUCACAUUCGCGUCUAUAAGAUCGACUCCCUUGCAAAUGGCAAACACAGAUACCAAGUCUCCGUCAACGCGGACCAGAAUAGCCUUACGGGAGUAGUCAUCAUGCACCCCAAAAUGAACCUGGUGGUGGUCGAAGGUGGCGAACACAGCAUCAAGAAUUACGAAAAAUUGAUGCAAAACCGUAUUCGCUGGACCGAGAUGGAAGCGCCCCGCUCCGUGCAAGAGGGUAACCGAGAAGCUCUUGCAAAGUGGCUCGAGGCCGAGGACGAGAAUGGCGAAUUGAAGGACUUGAGCUCGAAUAAGUGCGAGUUGAUAUUCAAGGGGGAGGAGAAGCAGAGGAACUUCAAGAGGUGGUUGGGAGCGAGAGUGUGCGAGACGGAUGCCCAGGCGAAGGACGUGCUGAGCAGGGCUAAGAUGGAGAACUUUUGGGCAUUAGCGAAGAGUUUCAAGAGGGAGGCCUGA